UCUGUCCAGUCCGAGCUGAGUUCGUACUCUGAGGCUCAUCCCCAGCAUGACCUGUCGUGGAUACAGUCUACACUGUUGCCGAGCAAUCCUGUUUGCUUCCUGGACUGCUCGAUGGUGCCUGCACUAGAAUCAGUGGAACAAGGAGGAAUAAGCAAUCACACCGAAGCUGCCCUCAUACACACUCUGCUUUCACUUCUCAUAAAAGCAGGGUGUAAGCCCAGCGAUAUUGGUGUUAUCGCCCCCUACAGGCAGCAGUUAAAGACAAUUCUGGCUCUGCUGCAGUCGCCUGCAUUCACUGGUGUGGAGGUGAACACAGUGGAUAGAUACCAAGGACGGGACAAAAGUCUGAUUAUUCUUUCUUUUGUCAGGAGCACGGCAGAGGAAGGAAACUUAGGAGAGUUGUUAAAGGACUGGCGUCGCCUGAAUGUAGCCAUUACCCGCGCCAAACACAAGCUGCUGAUGGUGGGCUCAGCCACAACGCUAAGACGCUACACACCAGUGGAGAAACUUCUCAACCAUCUUCAACAGGAGAACAUGAUUAUCCAGCUCCCAUCAGCUGCCCACAAGGCCUUACCCAGCAUGGACCUGUGAGAGAAGCCUAAGAGGCCAUGAAGGUGUAUCAGCUUGUGUGUAUGUCUCAGUGGAGUAGCACAUGGUUAUCAUUCACCUCAACUGUGCAGAGAUCUAAAUGACCUAGAAGAGGCAGAAUGUCUCUUUUUAAAACCAAAUACUUGAAGUCUCCUGAAGAUCAAACGGUCUGCAGUAUUAGAAAUAACACCUCAACUAAACGAACAAUGUUAUGAGUGCUACUGACAAUGUUGAUUUUCCGGUUUGUGUGAAAUUCUGAAUCUUUUCUUGUAUAUUUUUGUAGAUCAAUAGAUAGCCACCUGGCCGGGCUCGUGCAUUGGCCAGUUUUU